AUGGGCCCAGAUAAUGAACACGUUAAAAUGGCACUUUUACACUGGAUUAAUACUUUUGAUAUAGAGAAAUCUCAGCAUACAAUUCGUUGUUUUGAAGAAUUAUCAGACGGAAUUAUUAUUUAUAAGAUCUUGUUAGAAAUUGAUCCAGUUUUUUUCCGCAAUGCAAUUGGUGCGACACCAGUGGAGAACGGCUUAUCUAACUGGGUACUUCGGCUAAAUAAUGCAAAAAGAAUCUAUAAAUAUUUGGAGAAAUAUUAUGAGGAAAAGCAGAAUCAAAGUCCAGCAGAAGUAGAUAAAGAUAUUCCGAAUCUAGAGGCAAUUGCAAAGAAUUUUUCAGAAAAAGAGAUGAUAAAGCUACUUAAGAUUGUAUUAAGGUGUUCUUUUUUCCAAGAUAAUCGAGAAAAAUCUAUAAAAAGAAUGCAGAAUUUAGAUUCACAAAUACAGGCGGUGUUAGAAGAACUGAACAACGAGGUUAUAAGAUUAGAAGGAAAAAGUAAUUUAAAUACAGAAACAGAGAAAAAAACGCUAAGUCUUGAUGAAGAAAUUGCUAUUGUUAGCAAAGAAAAAGAUAUUUUAAAAAAAAACUAUGAGCUUAUUUUAGAGGAAAAUGUUAUACUUAGAGAAAAUCAGAAAACAAUGAAAUCCAAACUUAAUUCUAUUAAUGAAAAAUUAAGUAAAGCUGAAAAUUUAAAUACGGAUUAUGAAUCUCAAAUAAGCCAUCUUCAAAUGCAGGUUAAUCAAUUUGAAUACGAAUUACAUCAAUAUAAAGAUAGUUCUAUACAAAAGGAUCUGGAAAUAAGGCGUCAAAAUGAAAUAAUUACUUCUUUGACACACGAAAAAGAGGAGCUUAAGAAAAAAACGGAUGAGCAUGUAUUAUUAAGAGAUGAAUUACAGAGAGAGAAACAAAACCUAGAAAAAGACAGGAGCUUAAUAAACAUAUGUAAACAAAAACUUGAGAAAGAUUCACAUAUUUUAAGUCAAGAUGAAAUAUUAAACUUGGAAAAUAUAUCAUAUAGAAAAAACAAUAAAAUAUAUGUAUCAAUUGAUGAUGAAAAUAUUCUGAAAAAUUAUAUACUUGAAACAGAAUCUCACGAAACUCCUUGUAAUAAACCUAUUAACAAAACUUCAGAAUUGAAUGUUAAAUAUUUAAAAAAUGAUUCAAAAACAAAGGAAAAUGAAAUACAGUCAUUCUAUGAAAAAAUCAAUGUAUCACAACAGUCAAAGGAGGAUUUUCAUGAUUCUGCAAAAAAAUCUUCUAAAGAUUUAGAUCAUGAAUUAAAACAUCAAUCAAAUGCGUAUCCUGAUCUGCAAAUGUCUCAAUUUCAACAAAAACCCGACAUGUUAAAAAAAAAAACAUCAGAGAAGAGCAUUAUAGUUAUAAAAAAUCUUAUAAAUAAUUUAAAAAAAAGUAAAGAUAAAACGGAAGACAAACAUUUUGAAAAAGACGAAAAGAAAAAUGAAUUAGAUCAUCAAAUUCAUAAUAAUAAUAGCAAAUUUUUGGAAGAUUCGAAAUUGAAUUCUUCAUCUAUACCAUUUAAAACAGAUACAAUUCCCGAAAUUCAAAUGCAAGAAUUAGAAAAUUUAAAUAUUUUGAAAGAAAACAGUCAUGUCAUGAAGUUGCAAGUAGAUAAAGAAAAUGUUUGUGAUUUAGUCCUUACACAUGAAUCAAAUGAAUCUAAAAAAUUACAUGUUGAAUUAAGUAAAUUGAAAAAGAGUAUUAAAGAUUUAGAAGAUGAAAACCAACAUCAAAUAAAUAUGAUUAAUAAAUUACACGAAGAAAAAGAUACACUAAUGCAUGAAUUAAUCAUUAAUAAAGACCUUUUAUCAAAUCUACAACAAGAAAACGAUAAAUUGAAUUCAAUCAUUACAUCUAUUUCAGAAACGAUAGAACAAGAAAGAAAAAAACAACUAGAAGCUCAAGAAAAAAUUGAAGAACUUCAGAAUGAACUCGAUAAAAGGAUGUCAGGCGCUCUAAAGGCAAAACAGCUUUUGAAAAAACAAGAUGCUAUCAUAAAAGAAUGUAGAGAAAAAAUGACUUUAUGUAAAAGUACAGAUGAAUUAUACAAUGAACUUGCUCUUAAAAAUAAGCAAAUUGAGGAACUCAAGAAAAUAAAUGAUGAAGAAACCGCAAAAUUAAAGGAAGAAAAUGCACGUAUGAUUGAUGCCUGGUAUAAUUUAACGUCGCACAUGCAACAAAAAAAUCCAACUGUACAACAUACUUUUAUACAGUCACCGAAUUCCCUUGACUAA